AUGUGCAAAUUCAACCAAGAAAUCCACGUCUGCGGACACAUCACCUACGCCCUCCACUCCGCCUGUCCAAACCACACACAAGCCCGCAGCCUCACCGGCCAAUCCACCUGCUCUUUAAUCCCCACCACCACCCACUUCGUCCCCAGCUCCUUCAUCCACCAAACCACCACUCUCCUCGACACCAGCUGCAGCUCGCCAAGCUGCUUCUACACAGUCGAGAGCGACCCCUUCCAUUGUGACGCUCCCAAAAUCCCAAAGACCACCCCCGCGGGUCCCGCACUCCCUCCAUCAAUCCCAUCCUUUAGCAUUCCCAUCAACCUCAGCCCCGCCGGCGGCCCCUCUCUCUUCGACGAGCUUCUGAUCGUAGACCCAACUCUCAGCUUCGUGGAGUCCAUCCAGCUCGAGCUCCACUCCCCCGUGGGUGGCGCUCUUGGCUCGCGUAAAACACACCCGAUGCGGGCCGGGCGCGCAGGAACGGGCGGCGAUAUGACGCCGAGGGGUGCGGGUGGCUAUCAGAAGCUUAGCCGCCACAUGGUGGAGAGGCGGUCCACGAGGGUAUGUUAUUCGGGGAGCCCGGUGUCCGUGAGGGCAAAGAGAUUGUGUGAUAUCGCGCGUACGGGUGGUAAGAGGAAGAGAGUUCUUGGCGGUAGGUAUGUGAAGAGGAGACGUGUGGCGGUUUCGAAGGGUGAUGAGGAGGCGUUGACGUGUGGGUUUGAGGCAUUGAGUUUUCAGGAAGAGGAGGAGGAGGAGUAUGAGUUGCCGAUGGAGCUUGUUGUUUGA